AUGUCGCUGCUGUAUCUGCCAUGGUUGGGACUCUGGCCCAGCACAGCAUCCUUCUGGGUGAUUCUGCUGAUACCUGGCACCUCCUGGCUCCUUGCUCGGGUCCUGGCCUGGACCUAUGCCUUUUCUAGCAAGUGCUACCGCCUCAGAUGUUUCCCACAGCCCCCAAUGCGGAACUGGUUCUUGGGUCACCUGGGCAUGAUCCUACCCACGGAGCAGGGCUUGAAGAAAGUGACUCAGCUUGUGGCCACCUACCCUCAGAGUUUUAAGAUCUGGUUCGGACCCAUCCAUCCCAUUCUCAGUCUGUGCCACCCUGAUGUCAUCCGGCCCGUUGUCAAUGCCUCAGCUGCCAUUGCCCCCAAGGAUAUGGUCUUCUACAGCUUUCUGAAACCCUGGCUGGGAGAUGGACUCCUGCUGAGUGAAGGUGAGAAGUGGACCCACCACCGCCACCUGCUGACACCUGCUUUCCACUUCAAUAUUUUGAAGCCAUAUGUGAAGAUCUUCAAUGAGAGUGUGAACACCAUGCAUGCCAAGUGGCAGCACCUGGUGUCUGACGGCAGAGGGCAUCUGGACAUGUUUGAACACAUUAGCCUAAUGACCCUGGAGAGUUUGCAGAAAUGUGUCUUCAGCUUGGACAGCCACUGCCAGGAGAAGCCCAGUGAAUUUAUUGCUGCCAUCUUGGAGCUCAGUGCCCUUAUAUCAAAGAGGCUCCAGCAGAUCCUCAUGCACUGGGACUUCCUGUACUACCUCACUGCUGAUGGGCAGCGCUUCCUCGAAGCCUGCCGCCUGGUGCAUAACUUCACAGAUGCUGCCAUCCAGGAGCGGCGCUGCACCCUCUCAGAACAGGGUGUUGAUGACUUCCUCCAGGCCAAGGCCAAGGCCAAGACUUUGGAUUUCAUUGAUGUACUUCUGCUGAGCAAGGAUGAAGACGGGAAGGAAUUGUCAAAUGAGGACAUUAGAGCAGAGGCUGAUACUUUCAUGUUUGAAGGUCAUGACACCACAGCCAGUGGCCUCUCCUGGGUCCUGUACAACCUCGCCAAGCACCCAGAAUAUCAGGAGCGUUGUCGAAAGGAGGUGCAAGAGCUCCUGAGGGAUCGUAAAUCAGAGGAUAUUGAAUGGGAUGACCUGGCCCAGAUGCCCUUCCUGACCAUGUGCAUCAAGGAGAGUCUGCGGCUACAUCCUCCUGUCACUGCCAUCAUGCGCUCCUGCACCCAGGACAUAAUGCUUCCAGAUGGCCGAGCCAUCCCCAAAGGCACCAUUAGUCUCAUCAGCAUCUUUGGGACUCAUCACAACCCCACUGUGUGGCUGGAUCCUGAGGUCUAUGACCCCUUCCGCUUUGACUUGGAAAACUCCCAGAAGAGGUCGCCUCUGGCUUUUAUUCCCUUUUCUGCUGGGCCUAGGAACUGCAUCGGACAGACGUUCGCCAUGGCUGAGAUAAAGGUGGUGCUGGCCCUCACACUGCUGCGUUUCCGAGUCCUAGCCGACGACGUGGAGCCCAAGAGGCAGCCAGAACUGAUCCUGCGUGCUGAGGGCGGACUGUGGCUGUGGGUGGAGCCGCUGGGAGAUAGAGCACAGUGA